GAGUCAACGCUCUCCCACCAUAACGACAGCAUAACACAACGGUGCAGCGUUACUUCCGACCGUUGUUCUUACCGUCGGGAAGGUACCCGCGCGUCAUUAUUGUGAGGCGACGGCCGAAUUGGACGCGCGAGCGACGAAUAGAGAUAUAUUAUCGUUGCAUGGGUAUAUAAUGAAGCUAAUUAGCAUCGCUAGAAAUAACACCACCCCACGCGUCUUUGGCUCCUCGCCUCUGUUGAUGGCCGAACGAGGCCUCCAGCCGUCCGUAGCCGCCGAACCAUGACCCGCCUCGGCUGGGCUCGCUUCCUCGGGAUCGCCUUCCUCCGCCGCUUCCUCCGCGCCGUCUGGGACCACCUUCUGUACUGCUCCUCGCUCGGCGGCCGCGGCCGGUACCGCCGGCUCAAGGCGUGCGUCCCGCCAUCUCAUCUCGUGGCGGAGAAGGACGGGAAGCCGACCGCCGCCGUGGGGCGUGCGGCGCUGUGCGCGGACGAUGAGGGGGAUUCUGACCUGGUGACCUUGAAGAUCGGCCUCCUUGGUGACCGCCACACGGGGAAAACUAGCUUCCUGAUCAAGUAUGUGGGGGAUCUGGAGGAACAGAGGGAGCUGCACACGGCAGGAUUGAAUACGAUGGACAAGGUUCUAUUUGUUCGGGGAGCGAGGAUUGCGUUCAGCAUUUGGGAUGUUGGAGGUGAUGACCAAUUUCUCGACCGCGUUCCUGCAGCUUGUCAAGAUGCUGUGGCAAUUCUUGUAUUGUUUGAUCUCACCAAUCGUUCUACCCUAAACAAUGCCAUUGGCUGGUACCAAAGGGCAAGAAAAUGGAAUAAGACGGCGAUUCCUAUCUUAAUAGGUACCAAAUUUGAUGACUUUGCCCAGCUUCCUGUUGAAAUGCAAUGGACGAUCGUGAAUCAGGCGAGAGCAUAUGCAAGAGCGAUGAAAGCAACGCUAUUUUUUUCAAGUGCUACUCACAACAUAAAUGUGAACAAGAUUUUCAAGUUUGUGGCAGCCAAGCUCUUCAAUUUGCCAUGGUCGCUGGAAAGAAAUCUGACUAUUGGAGAGCCUAUUAUUGACUUUUAGCCUUCUCAUUUUGUUUUGACUUUUUUGUAUUGCAAGUGCCAGAUUGUAUAUAAGAACUGCUGAACAUUUUUAGAUCAACACUUGGUCCUCUUUUUUCUUCA